AGACACAACAGUUGGCAAUCAAUGACAGAUAAACCACACCAAUAGUCACGUUUCGUAUCGAAUCUCCAAUUUGUGUUGUUUAUACGUGAAAUAAGCCCAAAUUACCCAAUAAAUCAUCAAAAUGAUGCAACCACACAUCCUUUUAUUGAAAGAAGGGACCGAUACUUCUCAAGGAAAACCGCAACUUAUCUCAAACAUAAACGCGUGCCAAUCGGUGGUUGACGCCGUACGCACCACUUUAGGCCCUCGUGGAAUGGACAAGCUUAUCGUAGAGAAAAACGGUAAAGCUACCAUUUCCAACGAUGGUGCCACUAUUAUGAAACUCCUAGACAUCGUACACCCAGCUGCCAAAAGUUUGGUCGAUAUUGCAAAAUCCCAAGACGCUGAAGUGGGUGAUGGAACCACAAGUGUUGUCCUCUUAGCUGGCGAAUUUUUAAAGCAAAUUAAACCAUACGUUGAAGAAGGCGUCCACCCUCGUAUUAUCAUUAAAGCCGUAAGGCGUUCGCUGCAAUUAUGCCUCGAUAAAAUUACCGAGUUAGCUAUUAAAAUCAACAAAGAAAAUGCGGCUGAAUUUCACUCAUUGUUGCAAAAAUGUGCAGCAACUGCAAUGAGUUCGAAACUAAUCAACCAACAACGUGACUUCUUCUCGAAAAUGGUUGUGGAUGCUGUUUUGUUAUUGGACGAUUUGUUGCCGUUGAAUAUGAUUGGGAUUAAGAAGAUUCAAGGAGGAGCUUUGGAGGAUUCAGUUUUGGUGGCUGGUGUUGCAUUUAAGAAAACUUUUUCGUAUGCUGGCUUUGAAAUGCAACCGAAGAAUUAUCACAAUUGUAAAAUAGCACUGCUUAAUAUUGAGCUUGAAUUGAAAGCUGAGCGAAAUAAUGCCGAAGUUAGAGUUGAUAAUGUGAAGGAGUAUCAAAAGAUUGUGGAUGCGGAAUGGAAUAUUUUGUAUCAAAAAUUGCAAAAGAUUCACGAGUCUGGGGCCAAUGUUGUCUUGUCCAUACUGCCGAUUGGAGAUGUUGCCACACAGUAUUUUGCUGAUAGAGACAUGUUCUGUGCCGGCCGCGUCCCCGAAGAAGACCUCAAGCGUACAUUGAAAGCUUGUGGCGGAGCUGUUAUGACAACAGUUCACGACCUCAACGAUUCCGUCUUGGGUAAAUGCGAAUACUUCGAAGAACGUCAAAUCGGCGGCGAACGCUUCAACUUUUUCAAAGGCUGUCCGAACGCCAAAACGUGCACAAUCAUCCUCCGAGGAGGCGCUGAACAAUUCCUCGAAGAAACCGAACGUUCUCUACACGACGCCAUCAUGAUCGUACGCCGAACAAUCAAAAACGAUGCAGUGGUCGCAGGCGGCGGUGCCAUCGAAAUGGAACUUUCUCGAAUGUUGCGGGAUUAUUCCAGAACUAUAGCUGGAAAAGAACAAUUGUUGAUUGGAGCGAUUGCUAAAGCUUUGGAAAUAAUUCCGAGACAAUUGUGCGAUAAUGCCGGGUUUGAUGCUACGAAUAUUUUGAAUAAGUUGAGGCAGAAACAUGCGCAAGGUCAUUGCUGGUAUGGAGUGGAUAUUAAUAAGGAGGACAUAAGCGAUAAUUUUGAGGCGUGUGUUUGGGAGCCGGCUAUUGUCAAGGCUAAUGCUUUGACGGCUGCGACGGAAACAACCUGUUUGAUUUUGUCGGUGGAUGAGACUAUAAAAAAUCAGAAAUCGGGGGAUGCACAGCCUCAGAUGGGUCGUGGAAUGGGACGACCAAUGUAAUUUUUUUUUCAUUUUUAACAUUAUAAACUUCAUUAAUUAUUAUCAGACACAGAUUGUAGUAAUGUCAAGUAAGUUAUUUUGUAUUGAUAUUGCAGUGCUUGAUUUGCAAAUGUAUUAAUAAAUUAACAGAUUAAUAAUUCAA